GCGCUAAAAGCAGCUCGACACCGAGUGUCACAUCCGGGCCAACAAAAGCACAAACGACGACAGGGACACAGAAGCCGGAAGUAGCUGGUGAUAAUAUGGAUUCUGGUGCACUUCCUGUUACGCCAAUACCUCGAAAUGUCACAACGCCGGGGAAGCAAACAGAGGCUAAUAAUAUCGCGGCAAAAGGUGUCUCGCCUUCCAAGAUGGCGAUGUCGUCUGCUGGUGAUAUGGAUUCUGGUGCACUUCCGGCUACGCCAAAACCUUGGUGGACUCAACUCUACGCUGUCUGUUUGGUGGCUUUGGUCUUGUCGUGUUGGUAGAAGGGGUGGUUUGUUUGUUUGUUUGUUGGUUGGUUUAUCUGUUCGUUUUGUUGGUUGGUUGGUUGGUUGGUUGGUUGGUUGGUUGGCUGGUUGUUGCUGUUCUUUAGAGGUAACAUUUCGGAAUGUCGUUUAUCGCUAUUGUUGUAUUAUUGUUGCUGUUGUUGCUGCUGUUAUUAUUGUUGGUGGUGGUAGUGUUGUUGUUGAUGGGGCGAUAGUUGCUGCCUCUUUCUACAAAAUGGCGAUGUCGUGUGCUGAAGGUAUGGCUCCCAGUGUUCUUCUUGGACAGACUUCUGCAGAAGGGGCUACUGAAAAUGGGCGACAUUUUAUUUCACCAGCUCUACGUCAUUAUUAUCUUACCGAUGUCUCUGCUCUAGAGACAAGGUUACACGUAGAGGAAAUGAGUUCGAUUCUCAAUCAAAAAGGAAAUUGGUUUUUUCUUCUUUUUUAUUGUUUCCCUUUUAUUCCUAUUUUUUUCCAUAGAGUUGUUACAAAGAGAUAGGGUUGGUUUUUUUCCUAGAAAGUGCAGACCAAAAUGAAGUCGACUCUACAUUUUGGGGAGUCUCUAGGAAAAAGGUGUGGUUUUUUGUUUGUUUGUUUAAAUGUUUGUUUGUUUACUCAUUUAUUCAUUUUACAAAAGCCAUUUGAGGACAGGGUGGUUUUUUGUGUACUAUUAAUGAUAUUGUUGUUGCUGCUGCUGCUGUUGCUGUUGUUGUUCUUGUGACUGUGAUGGCGAUGGUGACGGAAGGGAUGAUGUUUUUAUUUUUGCAUCUAGUUGGUUUGGUGAAAGUAGUUUUGUUUUUAUCUUCUCUGUAAGUUAUUUUUUUUAUUCGUCUCACUAUUGUUUCAUUUAGAAAUAUUAUUUCUUUUUGUUAUAGCUGUUUGUUUAUUCGUUUCGUUUACCAACGCUUUUGGGUAGUGGCAUUAUUUGUUUGUUGUUGUUGUUGUUGUUGUUGACAUUUUUGUCUUCUAUACUUUUGUUAUUACUGUACGCAACUCAUUUGGAUUGCCUUUUUUUAUUUUUUUUUUACAUAAUUUGUUUAUUCCAUUGCAUUCAAUCAUUUUCUUGAAAUUGACAUAACUAAUAAUAACAUGUAUGUUAAUAUGGUUUGAAACAUAUCAUGCUGGGAUGACGCGGUUGAUUUCAGUUAUCUGACGUCAUCCAGCUACCG